AUGGCCACGCACGUCCGCCAGCUGCAGGGCUCCCUCCGCGUCUGCGGCCACAUCCGCCCGCGCGACCCCGCCGUCCCCACGCCCCUCCCCUCCCGCACCACAGCCAACACCAUCUCCACCGCCCUCCCCGAGUUCCGCACCUCCUACUUCUUCGACGGGCCCGAGCUCCCUGAAUCCCAACAUCCCCCGACACCGACGCCCUCGCCCAAACCCGCCCCGCUCGAGCUCACGCGCACCCUCUUCGACGGGCCCUCCCGCCCGCGGUACAUGAUCCCCCUCGCGGAGCUCUACCUCGGCGAGAUCAAGAAGAACAGACCGCCCGGCGUCCAGGGCAGGGAGCCCGUGCUCGAGGGCAAGGCGAGCACGACCGCUGCGAAGAUCACCCUGGGCGAGGUGUUGAGCGCAUGCAGCGACUUGUCUCGUCCCGGGUUCGCGUCUGUAGAAGCAGGUGCGACUCGGUGAUAUACACCCCUGAGCACAAACCACGCAGGUCGCGAUGCAUAUCCAGUGUGCAUAUCAUACAGAGUCAGCGGGCGCAGCGGAUCUAAUCACAAAACACAAACAUAUUAUAAUCGCGGUACAGGAUAUAUAUCAGGGUAGUCGGCGCAUAGCAGUGUACAAAAGCUGUAUUACUAUUAGUAUUACCAUGUGUACAUGUAUACCAUACGCAUAUGAAUGUACUUCUACUGUC